AUGCCAAAAGUUCUCAGUCACACGCCGCGCUGGCUGCAGCGACCGAGCCGCGGCCACGAACUGUUUGCGCCAAAAGCUUCCAACGGUCGAGCUUUGGCCCAAAAAGAGAGGGCGCCAGGACUUCGCAAGACUAUCGCCGCACGAAACUCCGAGGUUUUCGUCGCCGUGGGAAAUGAGAUACGAUGGGCAGAUCUCGAGAACUUGAAGGAGGGCGAGGAUCCCAUGUACCGCACACUGAAGAUCUCAAUACCGCUGCCGAUUGAGCGCCUGGACAUAUCCCCGAAUGGCGAAUACCUAGCUGUUUCCACAUCGCAUACCGUUCACAUCGUCGUCCUUCCCGAAGCCUCGCUACUAUUGAACGGCGACGACUCGCCUAUAAAGCCGAAGACCUUCCAGGUUGGUCCUACUGCCCACGUGCUGGAAGAAUCGCCUAUUGCUUCUAUACUUUGGCAUCCGCUAGGGUAUCAAGGGCGCUGCUUGGUCACAAUCACACAAUCGGGUGUGGUGCGGUUAUGGGAAAUCAACCGGGCAGAUCGGUCAAGCUUCUGUGAAACAUCAUUGUCAAUCGACCUACAGAAGCUCGCGAACGCGAAGAAUGACCAAGAAAAUUUGAGCGCAUCGCAGUAUGGAGCUACUAAAGGAUUCUCACCCGAUGCGGCAGAUCUUGAGGUGGCUUCCGCUUGCUUUGGAGACUCGCCCGACCAGGAAGGCGUCCACGGCUGGGCGCCUAUGACACUAUGGAUCGCCACUGUUUCUGGCGACGUCUAUGCAUUGUGUCCUCUACUCCCGUCGAAGUGGCAGCUGGUGAAUUCAGCAGGCGCGGAAACUUUUAAGCAGACGCUCAUCACCACAAUCAACAUCAACCAUGCCGAUAUCACCGAAAAUAAUACUGCGCCGAGAGAGGAUAUGGCUCUUGCGGAUAAGCAGAUCAAAUGGCUCAGUGACAUAAUAUAUCAGGAGCCAUUUACGGAGCAACUCUCGAAUGACGACACCAUCACUGUGUUCAACCGACCAACCAGCGUGCCCGCUGUGCCACUAUUGCAAGGGCCAUUCUCUGUUGUUCCGGAGGUAGAAGACUUCGAACUCAGUGACAUGAUUGUAUACUCGCUCAAGACAUUCUCGGAAGGUGGAGAAGAAGAGAUUGCCGAGGGAUUACCUUCGGCGGUGGUUUGUUUGCUCACUGACACAUGUGAGGUGCACAUAUGUCUCGACCUAGAAGGCAUCGUAGGACGGUGGCUACCAUCUGCUGAGGACGGAUAUGUACCAGAACCUCCGGAGCAUGUUCUUGCUGUUGUUGAGACCGUUGCUUUGGCGAACGACGGCGUCUCUUCGUCAUACCAAAGCAUAACCCCCGACGUUCGCACUGACUUCUCCUUCUUCGUUUCGCACGUCAGUGGGGUCUUCUAUGUGUCCCUGGAGCCAUGGAUCCGUAAACUUGAGAAUGAACUAUAUGAACCACAGACCGAAGGCGCAGACUUCCGGCUACAGCGGUUAUUAGAAUCUGCGAACACUGUUGCGGAGCGAUGCAUACGCCGCAAUGCCAGAGAUACGACCAAGGAUGUCACAGCAUGCGUUGUCAUUGAAGAGACAAGCGUCGGCUACAUGGUGCUCACCACUUUCGACAACGAGCCGCAAGCUGUCCUCUUGGAUGCGCCAGUAGAGGGUGCUCCUACCGACGAGGAACUCAAAGACUACAUGCAAUGGGAGACUCCUGCAAGCGAUAAUAGGGAGCCUUGGCAACCGCCGAAGGAGUUCUGGGACAACUUUAGCUUGCAUGCAUCCCUUCAGGGUGUUCGUCGCUCCAAAGCUUCCUGGGAUGAGGAAAUCAAGCUAUCGCCUGCCAACCUCGAGGUCCUCAUGACGGCGCACCGUGUUCUCGCCGAGCAUACUGAGACUCUUCAGCUCAGGGUGUCGGACCUUUUCAACAGGUGCCAACGCCUCCAAGAUGAGUACCGCGACCAGAUUACUAGGGCUGCACAAGUCAUGGAGAAAGUCGAUACGGUCACCGGAAGGGAUGACGAACAAAGCGGCCCCGGCCUUUACGGCAACAGAAAGAUCGAAGACCGACUAGAAAAAGUGCAAGCCAAGCAAGAAGCGCAGAAGCAGCGCUAUCUAGCCCUGCGCCGAAAGAUGGCUUCCAUCAACACCACACAACUCAGCGACAAGGAAGUCCAGUUCGUUGAAGAGCUGCGUACAAUGGAGGGUAGUCUCGACAAAACCGAGCAGAGGUUGACAGAUAAUGCAGAUGGCAGCGAAGUGCCCGUGUGGGAGCGCGUCGAUAAGGUCAAGGACAUGCAGCAGACGCUAUCCGAAGAAGUGGAAGGAGGGGUGAAGGCAUCGGGGGAACAGCGAUCGACAUCGAGCAUGAAGGUUCCGUCGCAUUCCCGCAAACAGGAGCACGAGCAGAUACAGGCAAUGCUCCAGCAUCAGACGGAUCUCCUGCAGGCGACGGCAGACCGGCUGAGGAGUAAUGGUGUUUCGAUACCGUUGGUAGCGGAAGAUGGCGCGAGUUGA